AUGCCUUUCCCUUUGUCAACAGGACUCCGUUCUUUUAUUCGGAUUACGGGUUUAUCUGGAUUUCAUCUUGACGUUCUUCAUACAUCAUCUCAGUGACUUUCAGAACAGUCUACAAGAAAAGAUCUGCAUCCAGACAAACCGAACAACUAAAAUCAGUAAUGAUGGAGUUAGUGAAAGAGGAGAGUGAGAUCAUGAGUGAUCCAGAAGUCUGCAGAAUUAAACAUGAAGAUACUGAGGAACUAAUAGACCUGAUGGAAGUGAAGGAGGAAAGUCAAGAGCUGGAAAUACUUUCACAGACUGAAAAAAAGUUCACACAGAAAAAUACUGACAGAGCAGAAGACAAAAAGUCUUUCAACUGCAGUCAGUGUGGAAAGAGAUUCAAAUGUAAAAGACACCUUGAGAUUCACAUGAGAGUUCAUACUGGAGAGAAACCGUACACAUGUGAUCAGUGUGGAAAAAGUUUCACACAAAAAGGAGCACUCGAUGGACACAAGAGAAUGCAUACUGGAGAGAAGCCGCACACAUGUGAUCAGUGUGGAAAAAGUUUCACACGUAAAGAAAGCUUUAAUACGCAUAUAAGAAUUCAUACUGGAGAGAAACCCCACAUGUGUGAUCAGUGUGGAAAGAGUUUUACAUGUAAAGCAAUCCUUAAGAAACACAUAAUAAUUCAUGCUGUGAAGAAGCCAUACCCAUGUGAUCAGUGCGGAAAGAGUUUUGCACAAAAACAUUCCCUCAUGAUUCACAUGAGAUUCCACACUGGAGAGAAGCCACACACGUGUGAUCAGUGUGGAAAGAGUUUUACAUGUAAAGCAAUCCUUAAGAAACACAUAAUAAUUCACGCUGUGAAGAAGCCGCACACAUGUGAUCAGUGUGGAAAGAGUUUUGCACAGAAACAUUCCCUUACGAUUCACAUGAGAAUGCACUCUGGAGAGAAGCCAUACACAUGUGAUCAGUGUGGAAAGUGUUUCUCAUGUAAAGAAAGCUUUAAGAUGCAUGUAAGAAUUCAUACAGGAGAGAAACCCCAUACAUGUGAUAAGUGUGGAAAGAGUUUCACAUGUAAAAAAAUCCUUAAUAAACACAUCAUAACUCAUGCUGAAAAGAAACCGUACACAUGUGAUCAAUGUGGAAAGAGUUUUGGACAAAAAGUAGUACUCAUUGGACAUAUGAAAAUCCACACAGGAGAGAAACCGUACACAUGUGAUCAGUGUGGAAAGAGUUUCACACGUAAAGGAAACUUUAAGAUGCAUAUAAGAAUUCAUACUGGAGAGAAACCCCACACUUGUGAUCAGUGUGGAAAGAGUUUCACAUGUAAAAAAAUCCUUAAGACACACAUAAUAAUUCAUGCUGAAAAGAAACCGUACACAUGUGAUCAGUGUGGAAAGAGUUUUGCACAAAAAGGAGCACUCGAUAGACACAUGAGAAUCCACACUGGAGAGAAGCCGUACACAUGUAAUAAGUGUGGAAAGAGUUUCACUUGGUCAAAAUGUCUCCGUGAUCAUCUGCUCUCUCACACUGGAGAAAGACCAUUUAACUGUGAUCAGUGUGGUAAAAAUUUUAUGCUGGAAUCAGCCCUGAAGCAACACCUGCAAGUUCAUACAAAAGAGAAGCCAUAUGUGUGUUCUGAUUGUGGAAAGAGUUUUGCACGAGUGGAUGGUUUGAAACAGCACCAGAAAACACACACCGGUGUGAAAGAUCAUGUGUGCUUUCAGUGUGAAAAGACUUUUACUAGAGUCAGUCAUUUGAUGGAGCACCAGAGAAUCCACACUGGAGAAAAACCUUACAAGUGUUCAAACUGUGACAAGAGAUUCACUCUGUCAUCCCACCUGAAAAGACAUGAGAAGAUCCACACUAGAGAGAAACCGUACCACUGCCCUUCAUGUGGGAAGAGUUUCGACCAUUCAAGUAAUCUACAGAGUCAUAUGAAAAAGCUUCAUCCACAGUUCUCAGGGUGAACACUUGUUGAUCGUGUGGAUUUAAAUCAAGUUUUUAUUCUUGCCAGUAUUUCUACUGUAUGUAAGGUGUAAUUUAAUGUGUUGUUUCAUUUAUUCCUUUAAUGUGUUGUAUAGAGUGUGCUGCUGAUUCUACAGGAAAUUAUGAGAAAUGAAAUAUGUUGCAAAAUCUAGUUUUAACUUCUUCAGAUGAUUUUCAAUGCAGUUAAUUUGUGAAAUCAUUUUAUAAUAUUUCUAUUAUGUCUAUAAUGUGUAGACUCAAAUAUACACUAAUUAAAAUGCUCCACAUUAAAAACAGUUUUAGUUCUUUUGGAUGUUGUAUUUGCAUGUGUGAGGUUAAAGACAAUAUGAGAAGAAAUAAAAUUACCAAUGUUAGUAAAGAAAACGCUGCCGUCACAAAAUAGUUCACACGACUAAUGGCUGCCACUUUGUUUUAAGAGGUAAAUAUUCAUGAUUUAAAUGUUUGGUAGUUUAGUUAUUAACAGUAUGAGGAACAUAGUUUGAUAUAAAGCCUGUUAGAUUUAUUUCGUGUGGAUUAAAUAAAAGUAUUGAUGAUGUUUCAGUCACUGUCUGUUCAUCACCAGCAGGUGUCGCUGUUCAUGUACUUUUCCAUUUAUAAUUCACGACUAUGAAUGAAUACAAGCGUCCUGUUGACUGUAUACUGUCUAUUUGCUUCUAAAGAGUUGAUAUGACUUGUUUCAUAAACUCUUUUUUUAUAAAAAAA